AUUCUCACAAAUGUGUAUAUACUUUAUUUCUCAGGGUGAUUUAGAAGAGCGAAAGCCAUGGUGGAAAGCAAAUUUCUUUGUGACAGAACCGGUGUUGUUUGGAACAUGGGAUGGUUAGAACAUUUAUAAUCUUGAGAAAAUAUCAUGAUGACAUCCUCGACAUCCUCUUUUACACAGUGUAGCUUCAAAUGUUUCUCUGUAUUUUGUUAAUUCCAGCUUCAUAAUGUCUCUGAUGAGCAGCUCGUUCAUCUCUUUCCACAAGUCCACACAAUCUGAGUCUUGUUUCCCUCGCCUUCACUGCAAUGUCUACCAUCCCACAUCAUCAGAUCUCUUCAUUCCAUAAUGUCUCAGAUGACUAGCUCACCUUCAUCUCUUCUUAUUACGUGUCCAUACCAUCUCAACCUUGCUUCCCUGACCUUCUCUGCAAUGUCUACCACCCCACAUCUUCUGAUCUCUUUAUUCCAUAAUAUCUCUGACCCGCUCUCCUUCAUCUCCUCUUAUUACAAAUCCACACCAUCACAGCCUUGCUUUCCUCACCUUCUCUGCAAUGUCUACCACCCCACAUCGUCUUCUGAUCUCUUCAUUCCAUAAUGUCUUUUUAUAAUAUAUUUAUUACAGGUGUAUUUACUUCAUGUAUGCUAAAUAUAUUUGGUGUUGUGAUAUUUCUUCGUACUGGAUGGACUGUGGUAAGAUCACAUUGUUGUAAAAUAUUUUUAAAAUACCUGCAAAAAUUCUUCAACGUUCAGUUGAGUAACGGCCGAUCAACGGACAAUGACCGGCCAAAAAUGCCUCUCGAGUGGUCACUUUUUUACCUCACCGGUCAUUUUGACCAUUUUCAUGCCUUCCAUCGUGAUUGCUGACGUUUUUAAUUAAAACAUGAAACUAUGAUGUAUCGCAACAAGUUUCUAAUAGUUUGUUUCGCUGUUAGUGGAAGCGUAUCAAUGACCGGUCAAACAAAUUUUGACCCAGCUAAAAUCAAGUUGACCGGAGACCUAUAUCUCCCGUUAUUUUGAGCCCUGAUUAGUUCUAUUAUUAGGCCAAAUAAAAAUAAUAUUAUUUCAGGUUUCCGACCGACCUGUCAAAAAUAUGACCGACCAUAAACAUUUUAUUGAUAUUUCCCAGUAGAGAUUAUCUAUUCGUAAAUACCAGAAUAUUUUUAUAGUCAUCAGACUCAUUUGUCUACAAAUUAUUUUGUUUGCUUAUAAUUUAAUCAUUAUCUAGUAAUGUUAAUCAUAGUUUUACACAAAGAACAGUUGAAUAAAAUAUUAAAAACGCACAUUAUUCUGACAUGGCAGCUACGGCUGAAAAAAAGACGAAAGGGUCUUGAUGCGUUUGUUUCUCGCGAAACACAUAUAGCUCGCGGGUGAUCCCGCGUGGCACGUUUUAUCACGCGUGACAGUUACUCAUAAACAAUGGCGGCGCGAGAAACGCUUGAACUUGAUGAAAAAAGUCCAGCAUCGCUGAUUGUUUUCGUUGUUUCGAAGAGUUUAAUGAGUUUUAACUUACAUUUAUUGCAUACUUGAGAUAAAAUUUUUUUUUUAAAUAAAAUGUUUUUUCUGACUUACCUACCCAUAUAAAACAUGGCUGUGAAACCUGAAACCAACUAUUAUUUUUAUUUGGCCUUAGUAAAAAAAAACACCUCAAAUUUGCCAGGCAAAUCACAAUAAGUAGUAUGUAAACGCACCUAUAAAUUUUGUUAUAUGAAUAGUUAAGAGACUUAUGCAUAUAUCCAUGCUCUGUGCAUGAUUCUAAGAAACUUUGGUUACCAAAUUUUUAGGGUAAUGCUGGAAUUGCUUUAUCGCUGUUCAUUGUUCUGUUGACGUUGUUAAUCUCGCUGAUCCCCGUGCUAUCUGCUAUCGGAAUUAUCGAUCAUAUUGAUCAUAUCGAAAGCGGUGGUAUCUAUUUUGUUCUUACGCAUAUUCUUGGCGCAAGAAUUGGAGCUACGGUUGGAAUAUUGUAUUGCUUUGGCCAGGUAAGAGGAGUGUGUUGGAGUUCAAAGAAAGAAAACAGAUACUGUGCGGAGUUUAUUCAGUUUGUGAUGAAUUGCUCUACUUCUAUUGGUCCCAGAAAUUUUUCUGGAUCUACAUUUUUGCCGAAAUUUUCAGACAUUUCUUAUGUUUGAUAGCUAAUUCCGAAAAUUACAAACAUGGUCCCCCCAAAGGGGACCUUUGCCCCCCCCCCCCUGAUUGUUGCAAAACUGUUGCCACGCUGUCGUUUUAGCCUGAUAUUUUUGUGUGUGUUUUGAUGUUAUGUACUCAGGUGAAUAUAAUGUUUUUGAUGUUACUCUGAGUGUAUACCCACACCGGACAGGCUGAAAAGUUAGCCUGACCACGAUGCGAAUCGAAACCGCGAAGUUGGUAUCGAAGGUUACUAGACUUAGUUCCGAAAUACCACACACUCGAACAGACUUGGCCUCGUAGCUCAGUUGGCAGAGCAUUGGACUAUUAUCCCAAAGGUCGCGGGUUCGAUUCCCACGUUUUUAGCCUGUCGCAACUGUCGUCGAGAUAGAACUCGAGUCUAUCUCGAUGACACUGUUGUAACUGUCGUGAACUGUUGCCAGGACUUUUUUAUGUUUCCAUUUGGUCGUGAACACUACUUUGACGACAGUUACAACACGUUACACGUUCGCGACAGUUACGACCAUAUUGAAACCAUAUGACUUUUAAAGACAUAUUCACACAACAACACUAUAAGACCGUCACAAACGACAGAAGUUUUAUCCCAAUAACAGCAGUGUGUUUAGCCCGGCUAGCUGAGCUGAUAUUCCUGCCAGGGAUCUACAGACCCAUUGCACAUGACGUCACAGCGCCGGUGACGAUGCAUCUGGAGGACAAAUUAUCAAUCUACGCAUAAUAUAACUUUUGUAAACAAAGCAAAUUUUGUAAAAGUUUAUAAUAAUUUUGUAUUAAAAUGGUCCAUUUUUGCGCUGUAUGUGGUUGUUGUACCCACACAGAUAUUGUUAGGGAGCAUCUGGAGGACACUCUAGGGAUUUGUGACGUCAGUGCAAUGGGUCUAUAGGUCACAGCUGUUCCUGGUUAGGUCUAAUAAAUGUAUAUAAAUUUCCACUCGAUAAUUUCCAUCUACAAUACCCUUCAACUAUUUAUUGAAUCGAAUGAGAUACCAACAAAUUCUUAAUAUGAACAGACCCUAACAGCUUGCACAAUCACAGCAAACAAUGUGCAAACGUUGAAAACAUUUCUUUCGUCUUUUCGUUAUAGGCUGCGAGUAUUUCUUUAUUUUCGUCCGGGUUUGGUGAAUCUUUGGCCGAGACUACAAGCUGGGACAAUCAUUGGGCUGCAAGGACGAUAGCUCUGAUUGCCGCCCUAACGAUAUUAGGGAUAAUUUUAGCCGGAGUCAAAUGGGUCGUGAAAUUACAACUGUUGCUUCUGGCUGUUCUCGUUAUCUCUGUAUUGGACUUUGUUGUUGGGACGUUCGCUCAUACUGACUUAGGUGGGUGGUUAGAUCGAUGUGAUGCGAGGCAACAUUCUGGCUUGUGAAAAUGAUUUUUCCAAAGCCGUAUUUCAUACUUAUAGAAGUGCGCUAUUUUAAGUUUUAAGUGUGGUCAUUCAAUCAUGUACCCAAGUAUAUGUGUAUCUGUGCCAAGUUGCUGUUGCUGUUGUUGUUGUUGCUCCUGCUGUUGUUGCUUUUGCAGUUGUUGUUGCUGUUGUUGCUCCUGCUGUUGUUGUUGUUGCUGUUGUUGCUGUUGCUGUUGCUGUUGUUGUUGUUGCUGUUGUUGCUGUUGUUGUUGCUGUUGUUGUUGUUGCUGUUGUUGCUGUUGCUGUUGUUGCUGUUGCUGUUGUUGCUGUUGCUGCUGUUGUUGUUGCUUUUGCAGUUGUUGUUGCUGUUGUUGCUCCUGCUGUUGUUGUUGUUGCUGUUGUUGCUGUUGCUGUUGCUGUUGUUGCUGUUGCUGUUGCUGCUGUUGUUGUUGCUUUUGCAGUUGUUGUUGCUGUUGUUGCUCCUGCUGUUGCUGUUGUUGUUGUUGCUGUUGCUGCUGUUGUUGUUGUUGCUUUUGCAGUUGUUGUUGCUGUUGUUGCUCCUGCUGUUGUUGCUGCUGUUGUUGUUGUCGCCGUUGUUGUUGUUGUUGUUGUUGUUGUUGUUGUUGUUGUUGUUGUUGUUGUUGUUGUUGUUGUUGUUGUUGUUGUUGCUGUUGCUGCUGUCGUUGCCGUUGUUGCUGAUGUACUUUAAAUAUAGUAGUUUGGCACUAAUUGUUAUCUACGUUAUUUAGCAAAUGGUUUAACUGGUUACAAAGAAGAAAAUAUGGUGAAGAAUAUCAACCCCAAGUUUUCCGAAGGCCAAUCAUUCUUUACAGUAUUCGGCGUGUUCUUCUCUACUGCCACUGGAAUUAUGGCGGGAAUUAACAUGAGCGGUGAUCUAAAAAAUCCUGGUGAAAAUAUUCCUACAGGAACGUUGGCUGCUCUUGGUGUAAGGUAAACUAACAGAAACUAACUUUACUUAAGAUUGAUGCAGUUUUCAGUUGUUUUCCCUAGACGUCCAAAAAGGGUAAUCUCUUAUAAUUGAUCCAGUGUUACUAUAUGCAGGAGAAAACCUAAACUGAAGUAACUUUAUUGAAAAGGAUAGCUCUAUCAGUUCCAACUGUUCUUCCUAGAGGUUCAGUUUAGAAUGGAUCCAGUGUUACUUCAUUUUAAACCAGGGUUCGUACAAAACUUGAAAAUCAAAGUUGUUGGAACAGCAUUGUCACAACUUCUUAUCAAGCUUGCUACAAACCUGUUGAGGAGACAUCUUGUUGACAAGUUAUCGGAACAGCAUUGUCACAAUUUGUCAACAAGCUUGCUACAAGCCUGUUGAGGAGACAUCUUGUUGACAAGUUGUUGAAACAGCAUGAUCACAACUUGUUAACAUGCUUGCUACAAGGCUGUCGAGGAGACAUCUUGUUGACAAGUUGUUGGAACAGCAUUGUCACAACUUGUUAAUAAGCUUGCUGCAAGCCUGUUGAGAAACAUCUUGUUGACAAGUUGUUGGAACAGCAUUGUCACAACUUGUUAACAAGUUUGCUACAAACCUAUUGCAAACCAUCUUGUUGACAAGUUGUUGGAACGACAUUGUCACAACUUGUUAACAAGUUUGCUACAAACCUAUUGCAAACCAUUGUCACAACUUGUUAACAAACCUAUUGCAAACCAUCUUGUUGACAAGUUGUUGGAACGACAUUGUCACAACUUGUUAACAAGUUUGCUACAAACCUAUUGCAAACCAUUGUCACAACUUGUUAACAAACCUAUUACAAACCAUCUUGUUGACAAGUUGUUGGAACGGCAUUGUCACAACUUGUUAACAAGUUUGCUACAAACCUAUUACAAACCAUCUUGUUGACAAGUUGUUGGAACGGCAUUGUCACAACUUGUUAACAAGUUUGCUACAAACCUAUUGCAAACCAUCUUGUUGACAAGUUGUUGGAACGACAUUGUCACAACUUGUUAACAAGUUUGCUACAAACCUAUUGCAAACCAUUGUCACAACUUGUUAACAAACCUAUUACAAACCAUCUUGUUGACAAGUUGUUGGAACGGCAUUGUCACAACUUGUUAACAAGUUUGCUACAAACCUAUUGCAAACCAUCUUGUUGACAAGUUGUUGGAACGACAUUGUCACAACUUGUUAACAAGUGUAACUUGCUACAAACCUAUUGCAAACCAUCUUGUUGACAAGUUGUUGGAACGGCAUUGUCACAACUUGUUAACAAGUUUGCUACAAACCUAUUGCAAACCAUUGUCACAACUUGUUAACAAACCUAUUACAAACCAUCUUGUUGACAAGUUGUUGGAACGGCAUUGUCACAACUUGUUAACAAGUUUGCUACAAACCUAUUGCAAACCAUCUUGUUGACAAGUUGUUGGAACGACAUUGUCACAACUUGUUAACAAGUUUGCUACAAACCUAUUGCAAACCAUCUUGUUGACAAGCUGUUGGAACAGCAUUGGCACAACUUGAUAACAAGCUUGCUACAAACGUGUUGAGGUGACAUCCUGUUGACAAGUUGCUGGAACAGCAUUGUCACAACUUGUUAACAAGUUUGCUACAAAGGUGUUGCGAAAAAUGUUGAAAUUAACUCUUCAUGAAUCAUGACCUAUGCGAACCCUGUUUAACUUGUUCAAAUCUAGAACUAUAGAGCGACCGUGUCUUGUUUUAUUUCUAGUGGUUUAUUGUAUAUGUUGUUUGCGUUGUUGCUUGGUGCUGUCUGUACAAGAGAAGCUUUGUUGAGUGACUAUAUGAUUGCUUCUAAGGUAAGUAAUAGGUUAGGAUUGCGUUUAUAGUUUAAUGUUAGGAGAAACAUUAAGAUAUUAAGGUCAGGCGAAACAAUAAUACAAUAUGGUAUUAAGGUCGGCGAAACAAUAAGAUAUACAUGAGACAGGGCCUCUUUGUAAAAUGUAAAUAAUAAUAAUGAUAAUCGAAGAAUAGUAGGCUCCUUGGGGGCAGGUCCCCCUUUUGCGGUAAAUUGGGGGCAGGUACCCCUUUUACAACAAUCCCUGUAUUUAAAUUGGUUUAGUAAGUGUGUAAAUGUAACUAUAGCCGUAUUUUGUCACAUUUCAGGUUGCUUUAGUUGGUGUUCUGUUUUUGUUUGGUCUGUAUAUAUCGUCUUUGUCUUCAUGUCUUGGAGCGCAGUAUGCCGCACCCAGGAUAAUUCAAUGUAUUGGUCGUGACAGUGUUAUUCCACUUAUUAAAGCUUUGGGGAAAGGCGUAAGUAUCUGCUCUAUAUAUUAAUUACUGGAGUGUCUUUAGUAAUGAGCUUCUAAAGUAAACUAAGUUACUAACUUUAUUUUGGAUAGCUCUAUCAGUUCUGAACUGGUCUUCCUUGAGGUUCAAUAAGAGAAUCUCUUAUUGAUCGAGUGUUAAUACAGCAGGAAACCUAAACUAAACUACAAGUAAACUAAACUAAUUUUAUUGAGCCGCUCUAUCAAUUCUAAACUGUUAUUCCUUGAGGUUCAGUAAGGAUCAUCUCGUAUUGAUCCAGUGUUAUUAUAGCAGGAAACCUAAACUGAACUAACUUCAUUUUUACUGGAUAGCUCUAUCAGUUCUAAGCAGUUCUUUCUAGAGGUCUAGUAAGAAUCAUCUCUUAUCGAUCCAAUGUUACUACAGGAGAAAACCUAAACUAAACUAACUUUAUUUAUAUUGGAUAGUUCUAUCAGUUCUAAACAGUUCUUCCUAGAAGUUCAGUAAGAAUCAUGUCUUAUCGAUCCAGUGUUAGUACAGGAGGAAACCUAACUCAACUAACUUUAUUCAUACUGGGUAACUCUAUCAGUUCUAAACUGUUCUUCCUAGAGUUUCAGUAAGAAUCCUCUCUUGUCGAUCCAGUGUUACUAACUUACUACAGGAGGAAACCUAAACUAAACUAACUUCGUCCUUUCGGCAAACUGUCCGUUCGACAAACUGUCCGUUUGGCAAAAUGUCCGUUCGGCAAAACAUCCGUCGGCAAAAUGUCCGUACGGCAAAAUGUCUUUCGGCAAAAUGUCUUUCGGCAAAAUGUCCGGGUACCUUAUACUGGAUAGCUCUGUCAGUUCUGAUGUUCUUUCUAGAGGUCAAGUUAGGACCAUCCCUUCUCGACCCAGUGUUACUACAGGAAGAAACCUAAACUAAACUAAUUUUAUUUAUACUCAAUAAGUAACAUGUACCUUUAAAUUAAUCUGUGCACAGACCUAAAUAUGCACAGCUUUUAGGGAAGGAUCAUUAUUUAUGGUGGUAGGGGUGGCACCGAAGAGAAAUGUUUUUCUUGGGAAAAAUUUUGCUGACCCAACCAUUAAAAAUUCAAAAAAUUUGAUUACCCAACCUCAAAUAUCAAUUAAAAAAUAAAUACCAUCCCUGGCCAAAAACUUUGCAAAAGGAUACCAUUCAGUUGUCACACAUGUCCUUCACCACUUCUGUGGUAUGAGUUUGAUAACGGCUUGUGAAAGUUUCUGCACUCUAAAGUUUCAUAUUGUCUGCACAUGCAGUUUCUUUGGAAACACCAUUUGCCCAACAAAUCGGAAAACGGUCAAGAUGGUGACUCUGAUCACAGUUUAUAGAAAUGCUCUGAUUGAUUCACAUAUUGUAUUGACAUAUCACUGUUGACAUUGCUUUUCAGUCUCCAAUAUUUGAGUGAGUCAUGCUUUGGAAAUGACAAUAUUUUUUUAUUACCCAACCCUUGAGUUGUUUUGUUUUUCAUUUACCUAACCUUUUACUCACUCAAAAUUUUGUUUACCCAACCCUUUCCUCUUCGGUGCCACCCCCCGCCAUAAAUAAUGACCGCUCCCUUACUAAAGGAUAUUUUUCUUUUAUCUUCUAAACAGCGUGGGGCAAACCAAGAACCAUACGCCGCUUCAAUAUUCGUCGGCCUGAUUGCUAUAAUUUUAAUUCUAAUCGGAAACGUGAACUCUCUCGCACCUGUCGUCACCAUGCCCUUUUUGAUGACGUACGCCGCGGUCAAUUAUGCCUACUUCAAACUGGUCAUGUGUAUGGACUUACAGAAACGACGAAAGUUAAUUGAAGAAGGCGUCCUGGUCGAUGAUACGCCAAAAAGUCCCAAGAACGAGGAAACCAGACUUGUUUCGAAGGCCGAAAUGAUGGACGGUCUGUUAGCGAAGGAUUAUGGGACGGGUAUUGAAAAUGGACAAAUCGUUGGGGGUAAUACGGUCCCGGAUGUAACUGAAAAAUCCGAUGUGGGUGAAAAAGAAAAUCUCGAUAAGGAUACUAAAGAGGAUAAUGUAGGAGUACCUGUUGAUAAUGGAGGAGUGACUGUUGAUAGUAUUGGGGUAACUGUUGAUAAUGUAGGGAUUUCUAUGGAUAAUUCAGAGGAUGAUGCAGGGAAUAAUACGAGUAUGAUUGUGGAUAAUAGAGGUAAUGAAGAUGGUGGUAAUCAAGGUGAUACGAAUACAGAUGUGGAUUAUUGUGAACUCGAUGUGGGAGAAGAAACGGAAUUGUAUAGUAAAGAAAAUGAGAAGGAAGAAAGCAAGAAAAAAAUUGGUAAGCAGAGUUUACUAGUAUGUUUUGCGCUUACUUACAUAACCUAUAGAUUCUAAUUUUGCUUUGCGCAUAUCAAUUGGUUGUUUGACUGUCGACUGUGAGACGAACUACUACUUUUGUCCAAAUUCCUCCAUAAUAUGUUUCCAGUAUAAAAACGACAUAAGCACUAACUUCUUUUCAUAUUUUGUCUUAGAUAAUUUAAAGCCAAAGCCUUGUUACCCCAAAUCACAUUUUACAGUAGAAAUCGAACAAAAGAGAUGGACAGUAUAUUCACAGCUUGUAAAUAGAUGGAUCUCGCUGGCGGGAGUAAGUACCCAAAAUAAUCAUCGUAAUUUGUAUUCUUCCAAAAAUUCGCUUCCUGCCAUAGCACAGUUUACACUAUCAAAGUCUCUGUGAUCACAGUAGGAAUUUUGUAUAUGUAGGUAAAUUCUACGUUUUGAAGGAUUUGUAAGAAAUGUUUGAAGGAACUGAGUCAGACUCAGUGUUUAACAUUAAGUCAGUUUGCCGUAGAAGUAUUUCUUGUUCACUUGUCAAGUUUUCCUUAGGCUUAGCGGCCAUACAUAGGAACAAAUUUUCCUUGUCCAACUAGCUGAACUCAUUUCAUUGCUAUUUUGGUUUUAAGAUUAAAUGUGGUUAAACGUAGAUUUAAGCGAAGUUAACGGCAUAUGUAUCUAGCAACGGGGAGCCCCUGACGUCACUUAGAACAGUUGAAUUCUCGCGCAUCCGUCACUUUGCUACAGCUUGGCUAGCCAGCUACAACUGCUCUUUCGCUCUGUUCCCCUUCGCCCUUUCCCCACCCUGGUUAAUGUUUGUUGAUACUUUAUUUUUGUUUUAAUUUUGUUUUUUGUUGUUUUGUUUUGGUUGUUUUGGUUUCUUUUUAUUUGUUUUUCUUUAUAGGAUACAAUAUAUAGACUACUAUAGAAUGCGUCCUUUUUUCCACUGAUCAUCAGUGUGACAGGUGCCGGAGGUCUGCCUUGGCAGAAUUAGGCAAACUCCUAUGCUACUAUAAUUAGCCUUAUUAUUACGUUUUUUGCUGUUUUGCCAUAGCUGUUUGCCAUUGCUGUUUGCCAGUUUUGCCAUUUGCCUGUUUGCCAUAAAUGUUUGCCAGUGUUUUGCCUAAUGUUUGCCAUUGCGGUCAUUUGCCCGACAAGACUAGAUCGCCGACUAGCCUUGGCCACCAACGGCAUCUACCUCCAAACUCAGAUACUCUGCCGUUAAAUGUGGUUUAAAAAAGUUGUCAAAGAGAAAUAUGUCGUAAUUGUUGUCGUUUUUCUUUCAGGCAUUCGCAAGUGUUUUUAUGAUGUUUUUAAUCCAUUGGGGUUAUGCUUUAGCGAACAUUUCAGCUGGAUUACUUAUUUAUAUUUAUAUUGGCCAGACAAAUCCUGGUGUAAUGAAAGGUUUGUAUUAGCAGAAGAACUAUAGGUCUAAGAUAACAAGAAAUUGCAACCCUAAUAAUUUAGAAAGACUAUCAGUUUCUCGCCUGCUUCAUCUAUUAAUCCAGUUUAUUUUCGGAUCAGUCAUCAGUGGCCUCCAUACUUAUUCCGUAUUGCAAAGGUAAUAAACCUAGCAUUUAUCCGCCAUUUUGUGUUAAGAUGGGGCAGCCAGUGUGACCAGGUUUUUUCAGGGGCAAUUACCACAUCCAGCUGCAUGAAAUUACUACAUUGGGUCAAAAAUUACCACGGUACCAUAUUUUUCCCAAAAAUGUUGACGAGGGAGGGGAGAGGGGGGUCAAAAAAAUUUUCCGGACAGCCACCAGUUAAAUUAAGGUUCAAGAAAAUUUUUUCCAACAAAUUCCUGUUGGGCAAACAUGGGCAAAACCUUUUUUUCACCAAAAUCUGUAAAAUUUAGGUCUGGACAAGUACCAAAAAUAGCUGACUUCAUUGACUUUUCUAGCAAUUUUCAGAUUAAUAACCACAAUUCCAAAAAUUACCGUAGUAAUUACAACAAAUUUCAAAUUACUACAAUCGUCCAAAAAUGACGAAAAAUUACCACGGUAGCACAGGAGCCCAAGCGUUGAUCUGUGUUAGUGUUGUCUGUUUUUCAGUUUAUUUAUUUUAGUGUCUUUAUAUUGCCUUUUAAUUGAAUUAUAACACUAAAUUACACUAAUAUGUCAUAUAAUAAUAAUACUCCUAUAGUCGAACAUACUAAUAUGUCAUAUAAUAAUAAUACUCCUAUAUUCGAACAUAUAAUAACAACAUAUAAGUUGAUUUGUAUUUGUAUGUUUUUCAGUUUAUUUAUUUAAGAUCUAUUAUUAGCUUAUAUAAAAGCACCGCCUUUCGAACCUGACAGCCCGUUCGCAGGAUACACGCGUUAUUUCGCAUUGAAAUAAGAAAUGUGACGUAUGUGCUUGUUAAAACGAAUUUUAGCUUGAAAUUCGGCUACAUGAUAUGUCUAAGGCUAAAGUACAUAGCCAUUGAAAAAUUUUGUGAAAUAAAAGCCCUAGAGUCUUAUAAAUUGCUAUAGUUUUUAAUAGCGACGUUUCGUAGCAUUAACCUAAAUUAUUUAAUUUUAAAUUUUAAACAUUGAAAUCGUUACGAUCGACACAAAUUGGCUUCUCACCUCGAGUUGUAUUCGAGUUUGUUUUCUUGUUUAUAUCAUUGAUUCCCAAAGGUUGACGGCGUUAUUCGACACGACACUCAUUGCAUAAUUAUUGGUCCACUCAAGUCGGGGCGUUCAUAAUACGACAAACUUUAAGAGUUUCAUCCCUUGUCACGUAUUUAUAUUGUUGCCGUCCCCUAUUUCAAAUCCCGCGCGUAUUUCAAAUCCCGCGGUGCUUUUAUAUAAGCUAAUAAUAGAUCUUAAAUAAAUAAACUGAAAAACAUACAAAUACAAAUCAACUUAUAUGUUGUUAUUAUAUGUUCGACUAUAGGAGUAUUAUUAUUAUAUGACAUAUUAGUGUAUUUAGUGUUAUAAUUCAAUUAAAAGGCAAUAUAAAGACACUAAAAUAAAUAAACUGAAAAAACAUACAACACUAACACAGAUCAACGCUUGGGCUCCCUGUGACGGUAGUAAUGAAAUUACCACAUCUGGUCACACUGGGGGCAGCCAGCCUUUGCAGGCCAGCCGCCGAAAACAGGAGAAAUUUAAAAGAAUAUAAACGUAUUCUCGAUAUUGUGAUAACGAAAAAUACCUUCCCUGCGUAUUUAUAUAACAAAUAUCUCUCCCAUGAUUGUGGGAUAUGAAAAUGAUUACGAGAAGUCGCUAACUGCGCAUGCGUGUAAUCUUUUAAUACUUGUUUCUACUAUAAGUAAGUGAUUGAUGAUGAUCAGAUCGUUGAUUUCUUGGUAAACUAUUAGAUCUUUUUCGUAGUUUGUCAAGGAGGUUUUCCGGCUUCGUUUUUGACAUUUGGGAAGUUUGAUCUAGUCAAUGAUCUUGCCUUCAAAAUUUGGGGCAGCCAGCCUUUGCAGACCAGCCACCUGAAACAGGAGAAAUUUAAAAGAAUAGAAACGAAUCUAUGUUAAUUAGAAGCAGACCUUCCCUGACCCUUUAUGAAAACUAUUUUGUUGUUUUGCUUGUGGGACUAUAGUUUAUAGGUGGGAGAGGUGCGCAUGCGCAUUUAAAUAUACUUUGGUAUAAUACCAUAUACUUAGAUAUAACACCAUAAAGCUGUAGCGUAUACCUGCCAUCUGUUUAUUAUAUAUGUCUUGUGUAUGUCAUAUGUAGCAUGUUCUUUGGCAAAGUUAAAUAAAUAAAUGUAUACUUAGAUAUCAUAUAUCAAUAAUACCAUAUACUUAGAUAUAAUACCAUAUAUACUUAGAUAUAAUACCAUAUGUAAGAGUUAUAAUACCAUUUAUUAUUUAUUGAAAAUAAUUCAAGAGUUUUGAUUGGCUAAGAGCUGUCGGUGAAAUCGUCAUUCCGCUCGGAAGCUGCCCAAAUUUGGAGUUAUGACAUAACCGUGGAAUAUUGAAAACAAGUAACCACGUUUGACGUAAUUUCGUGGUAUAUUGAAAAACAAGUGUAACACGCUAUGACGUCACGCUCAUUUAUGCGGCUUAUGCUUAAUCAUUCCUCAUAUCUCACUCGACCUCAAUAAUUGUUUAUUAUAUCUGAGUAUAUGGUGUUAUACCUAAAUAUAUUCAAAUGCGCAUGCGCAUCUCUCCCUAAAAAUUGUAGUCCCACAAGCAAAAGAACAAAAUAGUUUUCAUAAAGAGUACGGGAAGGUCUGCUUCUAAAUAAUUCGAGUAUAGACUAUCGAAAUCGGUUAAUUCUUUUAAAUUUCUCCUGUUUCAGGUGGCUGGCCUGCAAAGGCUGGCUGCCCCAAAUUUUGAAGGCAAGAUCACAGUAUAGGAAAACUACAGUAGGGCCACUUAGCGUGAAAAAGUGUCCACAUUGAUUACUGGCUGCCAACUGAAUUUACAUAUUGGCAGCCAGUAAAUGGCAGCAGUUCACUAUAAAAUUGUAUUACAGAGUAAUGAUUUUGGCCGCGUAAAGCACCUGGGACCUAGCUUAAAUAAUUCCCACUUUUCUCUCCCUACUGGUUGUCUCCCUAUACUGUGGCAAGAUCAUUGACCAGAUUGAACUUCUCUAAUGUCAGUGACUAGAGAAGUUAGAUCUAGUCAAUGAUUUCAUGUCAGAAACGAAGCCGAAAAACUUCCUGGGCAAACUAGGCUAGGGCUUCGUAAUCAUGCUUUGAAUAGGGAUGACGGUGCCUAUUCGCCAGAGGAAUACAUGCAUCUCAUUGGCAGGUGACGUCAUUUCUUGGGUAUUUAAGAAGCCACGAUUGCAAUUUUAGAUCACCCCUGAUGAAGACAGUAGACUGGAGUGUCGAAACGUUGGGUCUUGAUUACAAUUCGACUGGGCUUUGUAAUCACUUAUUUAAACCAGAGUAGCGAGCGCAACAUGAAGAUCAAAUAGUUUACCAAGAAAUCCAACAAUCUGAUGAUUACCUGUAUUUAUAUGUCAUAUGUAGCAUGUUCUUUGGCAAAAUUAAAUAAAUAAAUGUAUACUUCGAUAUAAUAUCAUAUAUAGUUAGAUAUAUAGUUAGAUAUAAGGGGAUAUUACACGGCGGCGCGAAGAUAUGACUUUUAUCUUCGAGUGGUGAAAACAAUAUUUUACAAACAAGCGCAGCGAGUGAGUAAAAUAUUGUUUUUAACACGAGAAGAUAAAAGACAUAUCUUCAAGCCACCGUGUAAUGUUCUGUUUAUUUUAUAGUCCCAAGCAAAAAAUUGUGAAAUUUCACGCUCAAAAACAAAUUGGAAAAAGUCACAUGAUCGAUAUCUUCACUAGUGAAGAUAUGGAAAAUAUCUCAUUGUGUAUUUUUCAGUAUCUCACUCUCUACUAUAUAAUAAAAUACCAUAUACAGGGUGUAUAAAAAAAGGUAAUCGAACUUCAGCGCGCUAUUGUAUCCGAAUUACUCUGCGUAUGAACGAGAUUUUAACACGUUCGGAAAGAUCAUGCUUUUAGCUGUUGAAUGAUAUCUUCUUUAUGCCAAAUGGAUAAAAAAUAAGCAAAUACGAAUCCGAUAAAAAAUGUUAGUUAGAGCCCGUUUACACGGUACCGGACGAAUUUGUGACCGGACGAAAAUUCGUCCGUUUCGGCCGUGUAAACACACGAGAACCACGGAACCGGACGAAUUUGAGACCCCCUAACAGGACGAAUUCGCGUGUAAACAGGAGAAAAAGGACGAAUUUUCGUCCGGUCCCAAAUUCGUCCGGUACCGUGUAAACGGGGUCUUAGAAUCGCAUAUUUUCACCGUUGAGAGUUGGGUCUAAAACCAUUGAAAAUUAACUCCCUUUAGUACUUAAGUUGGUGAAUUUCACUUCAUUAAACUACGCACAUAUUCAUAAUUAUUAUUAAAUAGGAAUAAAUCUUAGCUAAGCUACGACACGUUAGUGAUUAAUUGCUUUUUCUUUUGUUAUGCAUUGUUUUAAUUAGGCGCAGAGGUGAAAAUAUGCGAUUUUGACUAACAUUUUUGAUCGGCCUCGUGCAUGCUUAUUUUUUCUCCACUUGGUAUGAAAAGCAUGUCAUUCAAUAGCUAAAAGCCUGAUCUUUCCAAAUAUGAAAACCAAUUGUUCAUACGCCGAGUGAUUCACGUAUAAUAGCGCACUGAAGUUCGAUUACCUUCUUUUUUUUGAUACACCCUGUAUAUGGGUUUCUUUUUCAGACCGGUAUAAAGAAUGAUAUAUAACCAAUUCUUUUUUCAUCCUCCAGGUAUAGCGUAUGAUUUUAACUUCGCAAGAUGGGUGCAAUCUUUAUGGGAAAAGUUGAGAAGGUAUUUUGUGCAAACUUAAGACAAUUUAGCUUUUAAUAAUAUCUAACUUUGGUAAUUUGUAUAUAGUUUAAUUAUUUUGUUGGUAUAAUUUGUGGGGUUUUUUAAAUAUUGUAUUUAACAUGGCCCGUUGAAAAUCAGACUGUAAAUAUUAUACUGAAUAAAGAAUUUUUAUAGUCUAGUUAAUUUGAAAGAACUCUUACAACUAUAUAUUAAACUCUAUUACAGAUUGUUUAUAUCUUGCUUAGAGUAAGGCUUAGUUUUCAAAAUAUUUCGACUGAAAAAAGUGAGCUGUUCGCCAUCUGGAUUAUUGAAGAUAUGCAUGUUACGUCAAGAGAGGGGUCACGCUAAUUUAUUACCUUGGAAGUAAGCGAUCAAUAUGGGUCCAAAACUUUGUUUCUUGUCGCUGUGUGAAAUGAGAUGCAUAAUUAAAAACAUUUCAAACAAUUUUGGAUUGUUACUCGGUCAUUUUAGAGUAGUUUUAUAUGGUUAACCCAACUCCUGACGUCAUCAAAACCAUAGUUAAUUAAUUAAUGAGGUCAAGAAUUAGUCCAAGAUGGCGUACAGCUCAUUAAGUACUAGUUAAAACAUGGUCUUUAUCCGAUCUUUAUGUGAUUGUAUAUCUGAGUUAUCUGAUUGUACAUCGAGUUUGUAUAUCAGAUAAAGAUCGGAUGCCGAUGCGAAGGUUUAACGUGCUUAAAAAACGACUCAUCUUAUGAGUUCAUCAGCGAAGUAAUUUUAAAAAUAAACAUUGUCUAAGCCGAGCAAGUCAAAGCUGAAGUUUAUGUAAAUCAGGACAAAUCUUUAUCCGAUUUACAAAUAUUGAUUAAACAUUCAUUUCUUUUGUAUUUUCCUAAUGAAUUAUUAAUGAGUUUUUUUAAUUUCGGUCUAUAUAUUUCUAGAACGAUAAGCAAGAUAUGAUUUAAAUAAUUUUAGGGCUCUUUCGAAUGAGACAAACUAUUCAUUUUUUAUUGCCAAUGUCCUAUAAAGAUUAAAUGUUCAAUUUUGAUAUAGAACUCGGGGCUUGAUUUCUAACUAUAUACAAUUUUUUUCUAGGAGAUCGCCAAACCAACAUCGUGUUGUCAAAAUGGACACAAGCAUUCCGUACGAAAUAACGCUAUUUCAAGUGACUGAAGAAAAUCCUGACUUCUCGAACAGAGAACGCAGACACCAUUCCUCCGUAGUGAAAAUAAUCUCUCCUUAAAUCGUGAGUUUUACCUCGAUUCUGUGUAUAUACGAAUUUUAAUUAUUGACUUGUGUCAUUAAAGAUUAUAUUUAUUUUAUUUUAUUGAAGAAGUUGAGGCGUAUGAGAAAUUCUGUUUCUUUUUUAUUUGGCAUUUCUGCCUGCCAUUUCUCAUAUAUGGCCUGCUUUUGGCCGUUGGCAACCCCUUAAUUCGAGCCUUGUAUUUAUAAACGCAGUUUUAAGGUACGUUUACUGGUUUACACGCUGCGAUUUGUCGUGUUGGAUUCGUAUACGGGGCUUCGGUUGGCUUUUCGUUUGCUGAUUUGAAUAGAAUUCCUAACGAAACAUAUCGUGAUUACGAUUAAAGCAAUUUUGGGUGUGAAUUUGUUUGCUGACUUGAUUUUGCAUACGUAUUUAAGAUAUUUGAUGAAAACACUAGUGACUUUCAUCAAAUAUCUUAAUUACGUAUGCAGCUAAACUCUUGUGGUGAUGUGUCUUACGGUGUUUGACCGCGAUAUCCAAACAGCAUCUUGUGACGGAAUGCUUACAUGCUAUUGGUUUAAUUACUCAUGAAUUAUUAAUGAAUUUGAGAAGUAUAUCACAAUUGUUGUAAAGAUAAAAUAGUCUAGGCUAAGUAAGUAAUUAGCCAUUCCGAAGGGGCUAGGGACGAGUGUUAAAAAGUGCCCAAAUUAAGAAAUGAACUAAAUCACUAAAAAGACCACCUCAGAAUUAGUAAGUAUACAAAGUUUGAAGACGUUUACAUGAAUAUCCUUUGAAUAAUAAGCUUUCGAAAAUUUUGAAAUUACUGAUUAAAAGAUUGUUUUUGGGACGCGCGUCCCAAAAACAAAAAUUACAAUACAUUUCAUAGUAAAUAUCGCGAUUUUCAAAAGCUUAUUAUUCGAAGGAUAUUCAUGUAAACGUCUUCAAACUUUGUAUACUUACUAAUUUUGAGGUGGUCUUUUUAGUGAUUUGGUUCAUUUCUUAAUUUGGGCAAUUUUAACACUCGUCCCCAGUCCACUCAUCAACUUCGGAAUGGCUAAUGCUUACAUGCUAUUGGUUUAAUUACUCAUGAAUUAUUAAUGAAUUUCAGAAAUAAUAUCACAAUUGUUGUAGAGAUAAAAUAGUCUAGGCUAUGUAAGUAAUUAGGUAAGCGGACUUGAUCAUAUAGCAACAUGUAAAUUUGCACUAUAGAAAUAUUAAUUGUAAUCGUAUUCUGGCGUAUGUUUUGGAGUAAGCGCGCAUAAAGUAGCUGCAUUUCAAAUUUCGCUGUAAACUAAACGAAGAGGAAUUGUGGCAUCAUCAGUGAUUUUCACACGCCAGAAUACGAAUCGUAUACACGACAAAUCGCAGCGUGUAAACGUACCUUUGAGCCUGGUUCACGCUAGCAAUUCUGUCGACGAGUUUUCUCCUGGCAAAUGUGAUGGAAUGAAUGACAUGCAAAAGACUUGGAAUUGUUGACUUCUGAAAAGCGACUCUAUACUUUUGUGUGCGAGUUCACUCAUUUGCAUCUGUCAGAAACACAAAAUCGCCGACAAAAUAGCUUGUGUGAACCAGGCUUUAAAGGCUGGUUCACACUAGGAUAUUGUUAUACACUGAUCACAGUAGGAAUAUUGGAAAAGGAAGUUCUAAGUUUUGUAGGAUUUGUAAGAAAUCUUUCAGGAAACUGACUCAGUAUUUAAUGGCAGGUCAGUUUCCUCAAACAUUUCUUACAAAUCCAUCCCAAACUCAUUAAUAAUUCAUGAGUAAAUUAUAUUGCUUUAUUUUGCUCACAUGAUAAUACCGGAUUCCUGGUGAAGUAUAUUGAUCCAGUCCUAGGACUGGAUCAAAAUUAAUUCAGUCCUUGGACUGGCGGAUCAAAAUUGAUUCACCUCACUUUCAGUGGUGACUUAUUCAUAUGAGAUGUCAUUUCAAAUCCUCCAAUUCGGACUGGACUAGAUUUCAAGUCUACGCAUUUUGAUCCAGUCCUCGGCUUCACCUUGGACGUGAUCAAAUUGCGCGAACUUGAAAUCUAGUCCAGUCCUCAUAGUCGGAUUUGAAACAUUACUUCAAACUUACCGAUGCAAAAUUCCUACUCUGAUCACAGAAACUUUGAUAAGGCUUAAAGAGUCACAACCACAAUGCAUUCGUUUACGUCUUACCUUCGGAAGUGACAAAUAGCAACAAAUGACGAUUAUAAACAUUUCUUUGGUGCAAUUUUAGUAUAAAAAAGUUAAAAUAAGCAAAUAUAACCAUAGGAUGGUAGUAAUAUAUUAUGGAUUGAAAACCGAAACAUCUAUUAUUCCGCCAUUAAAAUGGCCGCCAAGCAGGUUUGGGCGCACAAUGCAUUGUGGUUGACAAUGACUCUUUAAGUGAGAGUGUUUUACUGGCAUUAGAUUUUAGUGUUUACAAAAAUACUUUUAUCUAGCAAGCUACCGGCUUGUAUGAAAGUUGUCCGUCGGGAUUUUUCACCAAAAGCACUUG